CGAGGAUCUGUCUGCUACCAUGACGAAGAGCAUGUUCUCCUCGGUGGAGUGGCUGGCGGGCAUCAGCUGUGGAGAGGUGGAGCGGGGAGCGGUGGAGACGACGGCGGUGGCUGGGGAGCUGUCGCCAUCCGCUUCCUUCUUGUCAUCACCAUCACCGUCGUCGUCUUACUAUUCCUUAUCAUCAUCUUCGUCGUCGCCGUCAUCAUUCUUCAUCUCGUCGCAGUCAUCGUUGGACGAACAGCGACGCGCAGGAUCGACCUCGCCUGACUGUCGUCCCAACUCGUGCCCCAGCAGCCCAGCAGGUUCCCAGCACUCGAGCAGAAGCAGUAGCCCCGCGCCCUGCAGUAGCAGCAGCAACAGCAGCGGCAGUAGCCCCGCAGCAGCAGCAGCUACAAGCGGUGGCGUCACGGAGGAUGAGGAGGCGGAGGAGGAGGGAGACGCGCCGCGCCACGGACCGCGCCGCGCCGCCGGCUUCUGCCGUCGCGCGCGCACCGCGUUCAGCAGCGCGCAGCUCGCGGAGCUCGAGAGCAGCUUCCGCCGCAGGAGAUACCUGAGCGUGGCGGAGCGCGGGGAGCUGGGCCGCCAGCUCGGCAUGAGCGACCUGCAGGUGAAGACCUGGUUCCAGAACCGGCGCAUGAAGCAGAAGCGCGAGGAGUUGGGGGCGCGGGGUGGGGGCGCGUUCCCCCACGCCCCCCCGCUGUUCCCCCUCGCCCCGCCCCUCGCCUCGUGGUUGACGCCGCUGGGGGCUCUGGCCCCGCCCCUCUCCGCACCCCCCGCGUUCUCGGCCCCGCCCUGCUGCCCGUACCUGCUCCUCUACUAGGAGCCCGGACUCGGACCAAAGUGCCGGGGUCAAAAGGGCAGCAAUGGGAGCAGAACCCAAGAUCGGACAGUGCUGCUGCUGCUGCUGCCGCUGCUGCCGCUGCCGCCUGUCUGAGAUCGGAGUAGAUUGAUGUAGACCAAGGGUCGGCAACCAACAUAACAAGAAGAGCCAUUUAUAUUGAAUUCGGUAAAAAAGAAACUAUAUUUCAAAGGCCGCAAUGCACGUG